UUAGAUGAGUCUCAGUCAGUCUAAAUUUGUAACGCGUUGAGAUGACACAUAUAUGGGGCUUGAUGCUGUUGAUUAUCGCCUUAACUCAGGCGGAAAAUUACAGAGUACCCAGUGGAAAUUUCGAUGGACCAGGCAUCAGUGGUAGACCCUUUGGAUUAAUAAGUGGAAGAGGUAGCGGAGGACCUUUCAUAACGAAUGACGAUCAGGAAGAUAUCAUAUCUGGAGGUCAAAGUAGCGGACCUUUUGGAAACCAGGCUGGCAAUGGUUUGGUAAACAGAGGAUCCAGUGGAGGACCCUUUGGAGCGGGAAAUAAUGGCUUAAUAAGUGGAAGAGGGAAUGGAGGACCUUUUAAAACAAUUGAAGAUCAGGAAGGUAUAAUAUCUGGGGGCCAAGGUAGCGGACCUUUUGGAAACCAGGCUUUGGUUAUCGGAAGAACCAGUGGAGGACCCUUUCGAGCGAAAAAUAAUGGCUUAAUAAGUAGAAGAGGGAAUGGAGGACCUUUUAAAACAAUUGAAGAUCAGGAAGGUGUAAUAUCUGGCGGCCAAAGUAGCGGACCUUUUGGAAACCAGGCUGACAAUGGAUUGGUUAACGGAGGAACCAGUGGAGGACCCUUUGGAUCGCGAAUUAAAGGAUUUAAGGGUGGAAGGGGCCGCGGAGGACAAUUUAAAACUACUACGGAGGGCAUUAUAUCUGGAGGACAAAGCAGUGGACCUUUUGAAAACCGGGUAGGCGAUGGCUUGGUAAACGGUGGAACCAGUGGAGGACCCUUUGGCUAGGAUUCAGACGGAUUAACACUCGGUAGCACCAGUGAAAGGCCCAUUGGCCUUUUUUGAAAUCAGAAACGAACUCCCAACACCAAAUGACAAUCUAAAGGUUAUUUUAAAUUAAAGCUGCGGACUUUUGAGUAUAUGAACUUUAAGGUCCAAGAGUGGAGGGUAUUAUACUUAAUAAAUAUUGUUAAAAAUGUUAAAUAACUUAA